CUUCGGAGUCGCGGCGGACCGGAGCGGAGUCUCCCGCGGACACGGCGCCAUGUUCCGGCGGAAACUGUCGGCGCUCGACUACCACAACCCGGCCGGGUUCAACUGCCGAGAUGAAACUGAAUUUCGAAACUUUAUUGUCUGGCUUGAAGAUCAGAAAAUCCGACACUACAAAAUAGAAGAUCGAGGAAAUUUAAGGAACAUCCGCAAUGCUGCAGAAUGGACAAAAUCCUUUGAAAAGUACCUGAAAGAUGUGAAUUGCCCCUUCACAGUACAAGAGCGACAAGAAACAAUUGAUUGGCUCCUGGGAUUAGCCGUUCGGCUUGAGUACGGGGACAAUGCUGACAAGUAUAAGGAUGCCACGCCCGACGGGGCUAAGAAUGCGGAUAACGCAGCCAAAAACGCAGAACCCCUGAUAAACCUAGAUGUGAACAAUCCAGAUUUUAAAGCCGGUGUGAUGGCUUUGGCGAACCUCCUUCAGAUCCAGCGUCAUGACGACUACCUGGUGAUGCUGAAGGCAAUCCGCAUCUUGGUCCAAGAGCGCCUGACACAGGACGCCGUAGCCAAGGCGAGUCAGUCAAAAGAGGGUUUGCCUAUCGCCUUGGACAAACACGUUCUUGGCUUUGACACAGGAGAUGCCGUUCUCAACGAAGCUGCUCAGAUCCUCCGGCUGCUGCAUAUAGAAGAACUCCGCGAGCUGCAGACGAAGAUUAACGAAGCCAUUGUAGCCGUGCAGGCAAUUAUUGCCGACCCAAAAACUGACCACAGACUGGGGAAAGUGGGGAGAUGAACAACCCCGAAGGCUUCCGGUUCUCGUGUCCUUAGCCCCACAGAUAGGGGACCCCUACAAACCUAGCAUGCAAUUCAUAAUGGAUA